GGGGCGGAUUACGACAGUUUUAGGCGCCUGCGUAGAAGUAAAACACAUUUAUUUUGCAGUCAACGAAGGCCCCUGCAUUGCGGCUUUCUUACAUAUGACUUUCACUGUACGUGAUUUGUAGCGCGCGGAGGUUUGGAGACAAAACCACUGGGCCUGCAUCGUAGUAACCUGCUGCCACACGCUGCCGGUAGCAACGCGUGAUCCGACCUGGCCUUCGCGAUAUCUCCGCUCCCGCGAACACCGGAAGUCCCCGCAAGUUCGCCGCUUCCGCUCCUCCGGGCCUUGCAAUAGGAGAAAGCGGAGCGUCCCCGGAAGUGACGCACGGAGUUUCCACUUUCUUCCGGUCCUGACCUCGUGAGAGUUUUGUUGAGAUAUGAAGCUGCUUACCCACAAUUUCUUGAGCUCGCACGUGAAAGGGGUGGGACCCCGCGGAUUCCCCCUGCGCCUGCAGGCCUCUGAGGUCCGCAUCAUGCCUGUGGAGUUCAACCCAGACUUCGUGGCGCGUAUGAUACCCAAGGUGGAGUGGGCGGCGCUUGUGGAGGCGGCCAAUACCUUGUCUCUGGGCGAGGUGCCCACAGAGCCGAUUCAGGGGUAUGAGCAAAAUGAGGAUUUUCUGAGGACUAUGCACCACAUACUGCUGGAGGUGGAGGUGAUGGAGGGCACCCUGCAGUGCCCGGAGUCAGGACGUGUGUUCCCCAUCACUCGCGGGAUCCCAAACAUGCUGCUGAGCGACGAGCAGACCGAGACUUAAGUGUGCCAGCAUCAGGUUCCCACACUGUGACUGUGUGUAUCUUUGUUUAUUUAUAUUCCUGUCGUUGAUUUUGUAAAGUGUAUCCCCAGCUUGGACGCAGUGACACACCACACAGUGUUGUUGAGCUCGAUAUAUUUUUUUUCUCAUUAAAGGUUCAAAACCAAAA